AAUAUACAAAACAUACCAAAACAAAGGACCACAAGUGUACACUAUCCAAACCUACUUCCUCUUCUUCACCAGACUCUAUCCAGUCACUAAAUUUCAUCAUCUUCAAUGGCCACCACUUCACUCCGAUUAACAUUAUCUAAUUUCAUUCAAAAUCAAUUUCUCACCAAAAAACACUUUCUAUUUUCAAACAAAACUAACUCAAUCAGAAUCCUCUGUUUCUCCUCCGCCGCAUCUCCGCCGUCGUCUUCACUCGAAACCCUACCUCCGCCGCCGAACUAUUCCGGCAGCAACAUUUCUUCAUCCGAAAAAUGGCAGCCGUACCGGAAAAAGAAAGUCGUUAUGCGCGUUGGAUACGUCGGUACUGAUUACAGAGGUUUGCAGAUGCAAAAGGAUGACUCCGUAUCCACUAUAGAGAAAGAGUUGGAAACAGCUAUUUACAAAGCAGGUGGAAUACGUGACAGUAACUUUGGGGAUUUGAACAAGAUAGCAUGGGCUAGAAGUAGCCGAACAGAUAAAGGAGUUCAUUCUUUGUCAACCAUGAUAUCACUCAAAAUGGAAAUCCCUGAAUAUGCAUGGACUGGUGACCCCAAUGGCAUAGCACUUGCAAAUCUUGUAAAUACAUAUCUUCCAAAAAAUAUCAGAGUUUUCAGCAUUCUGCCUUCACAAAGGAGUUUUGAUGCUAGAAGAGAAUGUAAUAUCCGGAAAUAUAGUUAUCUCCUUCCUGUCGAAGUCAUUGGGAUCACUAGUGACUUUAGUGAAGCUGAAAUUGAACAUCACUUAUCAGACUUCAAUAGCAUACUAAAUUCUUUUGAGGGAAGACAUCCAUUCCAUAACUAUACAAUCCGAAAAAAUUAUAGGAAUAAGUAUUCUACAAAACGACCUCCUAAUGUUGGGCGUAUUGCCAAUAGAAGAGAAAAACUAAAAUGGUCAAGUGAGCCAUCUGAAGCUAUGCUUCAAAACAUUGAUGAGGAAGAAUCAUCUGACUUGGCAUAUGGUGAAUCUGAUGGAGAAGAAGCUUUUGGGGCAGAUGAAAUAAUUGCAAACUGUGUUGAUGAAGAACCUGCAUUGUUAAUGAAUAUUGAUUCUGAUAAGGAACUGGUUAAUGAUACCGAUGCAAAUGGGAAUGUUUUGAAGGAUGUGCCUAUUCUAGCUAAAUGGCUUCAUGAACCUGAUGUGAAAGAUAGGAUAAGUGCUGCCCACUUCAGAAGAAUUUUUCAGUGCUCAUGUGGAAAACUGGAACAAAUGUUUGGAGCGAGCUAUGUUGAAAUCUCCAUUUGUGGGGAAUCAUUUAUGCUUCAUCAAAUCCGCAAAAUGGUGGGGACAGCCGUGGCAGUGAAGCGUGGACUACUUCGGAGAGACGUAAUCACACUAUCGCUAAACAAAUUCACACGUAUUGUGGUACCGAUUGCUCCAUCUGAAGUACUAUUUCUGCGAUCUAACAGUUUUACGAUGAGAACUUGUCCUGGUACAAGGCCUGAAAUGGAGACUUUGGUUGAAUCUGAAGAAAUACUAAAAGAUGUCAAUGAUUUCUACAAAUCUAUCUUGUUGCCUCAAGUUUCAGAAUUCUUGGAUCCUUCCAGACUUCCUUGGAAGGAAUGGGUUGAGUUAUUAGAUAGAAACACUGGGAUUCCAGAUUCCCAAUUGGAUCAAGUCGAAAAUGCUUGGAUUUCAUGGAAGGGAAAAUUCCAAAGUUGAGCCAAGGCUGUUAUAGUUAGUUUUGCUGAGAAGAUUGUAUCUCAUGAUACUUGAUGUGGUAAAUACAAACCAAUUCUACUGGACCGCUACUUGAUGAACAACAGAUUCAUAGCAAAGAUGUGCACCACCACCAUUACCAUUACUGAUUUUGGCUUGAUCCACCCUUUGACUGCUAGCUUACCAUAAUGGCAUACUCGGGUAUCCCAACUAGAUAUCGCCCCAAUAUGCGCUGGCUAAUGUAUUUUAGCAAACAUGCUGCACAUAUUUUAUUUCAACUUGCCGUACACCACCUAUGAAACUCUUUGAUUUCUUCCAUGUUUAGCUUAGGUAGUGGUAACAUUGCAAUGGCCUGUCCGCUUUUUAUCUUUGAGAAUUUCUUGGGUGGUGAUUUCAUUGUAACCUCAAUUGUAUGAACUGUAUUAUACAUUCUGAAUCCUCUAAAAAAAGGUCGGCUAUCUUAAUCUUAA